AUGGCAUACUCCAACGGGCAGCAGUACAUCUACUCCCCGCCAGCGCAGGGAUCGGCUGCGCACUACGGGUACCCGGCUGUACAUCAUCAACAGCAGAACCAAUACGGCCAAGCCCGUGGAGGUAUUUUUGCUCCACCGCGCAGCGAUGGUCAGCUUGGACGACAAGACUCACUGGGCAAAGGGCUGAAUCCGCCACCAUAUGAGAUGAACCAGCAACUUCCACCUUUUACGCCUUCGUCCAACGGAGCGAGCAUGCCCUCGAUAUCCACACAACAACACCACCAACAACAUCAACAUCAACAACCCCAGCAUCAACAUCAGCAACACCACCACCAACAGAUGAUGAGCGCACAAACACCAGUCUCUUCCUCGGCACCACAACAGUCGCCUGCCCUUAGCCAGGACUCCUUCAGGCCACCGCAACCACCGACCCCAACAUAUAGCUACCACACAGCCAGCACUCCUCAGCACUCCAACUUCCCCUAUUCUACUGGCCCAUCUCCCACAUUAAGCCAGCAACAGAGCCCCAUCAGUGCUGGUGGAUCCAUGCAUCGAAUGUCACCCGCCGUAUCCCAAGGCUCCAUCCCCUCGAUACCCUCUAACAACCCGGCACAAUCACCAUACCAAUACCAACAAAGGCCACCACUACAAUACCCCGGUAGCCAAGCACCCGUCUUCUCCAACGUUCAGAACCCCAACGGUGGUCUGGCACUUGUCGGAGGCCAUCCCGCGAUGAUGCCAGGUUUCAACAGCGGUCACGCAGCAGCUAUGCCUCAUUUCAUGGGCCACCCGCAACACCAACAGCCCGCUGCCAACGACCGGCCAUUCAAGUGCGACCAGUGCCCCCAGAGCUUCAACCGGAAUCACGACCUGAAGAGGCAUAAGAGGAUUCAUCUUGCUGUCAAGCCUUUCCCUUGCAACCACUGCGACAAGAGCUUCUCGCGGAAGGAUGCGCUCAAGGUAUAUUUUGUCACUCUAUCUAACAGCAACCGAAAGAAUACUAACAAAUCAAUAGCGACACAUACUCGUCAAGGGAUGUGGAAAAGCCACCGCCGACGACAACACCAAACGCGAAACCCCGUCGCCCAAAAUCGAGGACUCGAAGCACUGAUCGCCGAACCGCCGCCGUCCAUCGCCCUUCUCACUUGA